UUCGGACCUCCUAUGGUUGGGCUUAAGAGGCCCAUGAGCCAGAUCUCGUCUUUCUCUGAUGGCCCUGCUGCCAGGAGACCCAGGAACAACGCGCCAAGCCCUUCAAUGUCUCUGGUCAACAACUCUCAUACGCAGACAUGGCCAAGAAACCCAAGCCCACUGUCGCAGUAUGGCUCUUCAGCCAACACCUAUCGACAGAUGCCAGCAUUCAACAAUCAUGCAUAUCAGAUGGCGGCCCAGAUGCAUGCUCAGCAGAUGUCCAACCAGUCUCCCCAUCAGAUGUCCAUCCGCACGACUGACGUAGACAUUAAGGACACUCCCUUCAACCCUGUUAUUAACGCUACCACUGCAGGCGCUAGGCGCGAGCCGGGGAACCGCAGGGUUGGCAGUGCAGGCUUGUGCAGCCGCGCCAGUUCAUUCGCUCCUGCACUUUCGGUCUAUGCCACCGAGCGCUGCCUCUCCCCCACCUUUCUGUCCCUCACCAGAUUAUCCCGGUGUCAGCUCUUCCACAACUUCCAAAGAAACACCCGCCGGCCGCCAACACAACCUCUUUUUCAAAUUUCAUCUACUCUCUGA